UAAUGUGAGAUUUUUCAAUACAAAUUUCAAAAUUAAAACAUUAAGAUUUCAAUAAAUUUUCACUGAAAAAUUUGAAAUUAACAUAUUUUAAUAUAGUAUAUAAUUUAUUUCAAAUGAUAUUAAUAUACAUAUUACAUAUAUAUAUAUAUAUAUAUAUAUAUAUAUAUAAUAUGAAUAUCUAUUAAUGAGACUUCGUAUUCAUACGAUUUAUUAGGGUUGAGAAUUUUAUCUGAUACCCGAACCCGUAUCUGAAUCCAAUCCAAAAUUCUCAACCGAAAUAGCAAAAUAUCCGAACGAUUAUUGUGAAUUCGGAGAGAUUGGAUAUCCAAACCCAAACGUGUAAUAUCCAAACUGGAACUGAUAAUAUCUAAACCCGAAUGGAUAUCCGAAGAUAAACAAACAUAAGUAUACUUAACCCUAUAUUUCUAGUUUAUUUCUCUCAUUUUAUUCAAAAUAUUUAUAUUAAUGAUGCACAUUGCUUAAAAUUAGAUAUUAUACAUAUAAUUAUGGACAAAAUCAUUUGCUCCAAAAUUAUAAAACAACAACUAAACUAGUGGUUUUCUAUUUUUAAAGUUUUCUCUCCAAACCUAUUAAGAAUUUAAUCUUUUAAAAAUUAGAAAAUCAGUUGAGUUAAAAAUAUAUUUUAAAUACAAAACAAAAAUUAAACAGUAAAUAAUUUAUUUAAUUUUUCUUCAAAAUUUAGAUAUCCGAACCCGACCUAAAAUAUUCAAACCCAAACAUAAAAUACCCGAACCUCACCUGAAGUGUAAAAAUACCCGAAUGGGUUCUAUACCUUUAUAUUGAAAUACCUAAAAUAUUAAAUACCCGAUACGAACCCGAACAUGUAUCUGAAUGCCCAUCCCUACGAUAUAUGAUCAUUUGUCUCUUGCUUGAACCAAAAAAGUGAAACCACUGAUCACAAACUUUUCAAUGUGGGACUUUUACCAUUUUUAGUAAUUUAUAGUCGUUUUUAAAAAUUCAAAAUAUAACAUAUAAGAAACAGUCUAAAUUUUUUAAUUAUAUCUUUAAAGUGAUUGCUUAAUUUCUUUUAAUAAUAUAAAAUUAAACAGAAAGAGAAAAUAUACAAAAAUUGUUAUCAAAUAUGUAUUAUUCAUAAUAAUUAAUUGUCAUAUAUAUGUUAACCAAAUUAGAUAAUUCCGUAGAUUUUAUUUAAAGAAAAAAAAAUGAUUAUUCUUUGGUACUAAAUUAAUUUGAUAGGUAGUUUAAUAAAAAGCAUCGUAUAAGUUUAUAUGGACCGACUUAUUUUUGUAAGAAUCAUUCUUGUGAUGACACGUGACUUCGAAAACAUGUUGUAAUGCUCCACGAUUAAUAUAUAGUGGAUAUAUAUUAAAACUGAUGAAGCUCCAGACGUAAACCCAUAGAAACAAUUUUUUGUUGUUGUUCAACCCCAUAGAAACAAUUAAAACCCCGUAUAGUGCAAAUCACAAGCUUCAAUUCACAUAAAAUACAACAUCUAAAUAUUCUACUGUUAGUCUUAGUUAGGAGUUAUCGGAACAACCAAUCUCCCAAACUGCAACUGCACAUAUAUAGCUCAAAUUACUUGAAAAGAUAUAUUCUUUCACACACAAAAAAUAUGCUACACAUAACAAAAAAAAAAAAAACUCCUCAUAAAAGAAACGUGGAAAAAUCACAAACAGAACUAAAAUAUUUAAUGGCACAUCAUAAAAUCACUAAUAAAAACAAAAUAUUUGAUCACAUACCAUAAAUGAUUCUCACCUAACAAAUCUAAGCGAGUAGCUCCAAAAAAGAAUUAAAAGCGUUGACUGACCAUGUACAUAAAAAGUAUUCAUUACCAAUAUUGAGAAAUGUAAUAGAAGAUUUUCAUAUGUAGAAAUUAAAAAUAGUCAACAUAGAAUAUGCGAUUCCUAUUUUAAAGUUUAUAUUUUAGUCUAUGUGUAUGCAUACUAACACUAUAAAUAGAUAGAUAUGCAAAGGUCUAAACCACACACUCAUUCUCAAGAUGCCUUCCCUACCAAAUGAGUUCAUCCCUUAUACCGAUAAUACCAUGACCCAAAAUGAUUUUGUUCCCAUCCAGAUUAACCGAAACGAGACCCGAACGGUGGUUCGAUCAACGUUCGUUACUUCUGGAAACACAAACUAUGCCAAUUUGUUUUCUCCAUCUCCGCCUUUUACUUCUUCUUACCGUGCUUCACAAGUCUAUUCAUCUACCUUAACAUUCAACAGUUCACGCAUGGCUUAUCAGCCGAGAAAUAACAUGGUUUCUGCUGUGAGAAUGCGUCAAAUCUCAGGAUUUGUUAACCCUCAUUUUUCUCCAGUUUUGGCCACUCCAACCAUCCCAAACAUGUAUCAUCAUGCUACUGUCCCAACCAAUAAUAUGGUCACUAGCCAAAAUGGUCAUGACCGUGUCAUAACUUCUGGUCAAACCAUUAGAAAUCACUCUCCAAAUGUUUUUGGUAACGCCACUCCAACUAUCUCAAACAUGUAUGAUGAUGUUAUGGUUCCGACCAAUAAUAUGGUCACUAGCCAAAAUGGUCAUGAACGUGUCAUAACUUCUGAUCCAACCAUUAACCCUCCAAAUGUUUUUAAUAACAACCGGGAAACCUUUUACCCUGAACCUAUCGAUUACACUAAAGUCGACACAAAUGACAAAGGUGGUGAAAACAAGUAUCAAACCCAUGGCAUACCAAAUGAAAAUUACGGUUCAUAUAUGUGUCCCAAGUGUCACAGUCAGUUUGAUAUUUCACCAAUAAUAUCAGCUGCACGCAUGGGGUUAGUUCAUUCUAGCAAUGAGACUAAAGAUCAGGAAAACGAGAAAGGACCUUGUGCAAGAACUAAAAAAAGGUAUCAUGAACAAAGUCAUCCUGAAGUCAAUGGUAAAGCUCGGAAGAUCGAAUCGGAGGACAAAGUUCCAGAAGAGAGCUGUGGCUCUAAAACUAAUUAAUCAAAUAUCAUAUAAGUUAAAAAAUAUGUAUUUUGAAUUAAGCUUUUAAUAUUAAUAUCUAUAUGUUUGUAUUAACUUAUGAUAUAUGUAAAAUAAAUAAAGCUGAAUUUCUUUUUUCUUGUUUUCUUUUCACAUUCAUCACAUUGUUGAUGAUUUAAAGGUUACAACAUUUCCUUUUGAUGUAAAAAAAAACGAGUUAGAACAUUUUAGUGUCGUUUGAGAUAAAACAGAAAUAUUGUGUAAAAGAUGUUUGAUUUCAGUCGAUUGCACAAAGAAUUCGAUAGAAAUAAUUUGAUUUAACCAAUCAUAGAACACCGCAUAAAUUUUUGGUAUAUGUAUAGUUUGAACCACAUAUCUCACUGAGAAUGAUAUUAUGCAAGAGUAUAUGAAAUUUCGAUGAUUUUAUUCAAAUUAGAAACCGUCAAACGAUACGUAACGCCUGACCGCCCACGGCGGUGCGUUAAAUUUUUUAUGGCCCGAAAUCAUUUUUACUGACCCUACAAUCACCACAUGACUUUUCUCCGUACUUUCGCCUCACUUGCAUGGUAUCGCGAAUCAUUUUUCGAUAGGUCAACCAUCUUUUCACUACUCUAGUUCAAGCAUGCUUAACUCUGGACUUAUAAACAGAUGUCUAAUGGAAAAAGUAAGUCAACUUUGGUGACAUAGGUAACCAAAUCAGUUCUCUUAUGCGUUUUCCAUAUAUCACAACUCGGGAUGUUACAAUUCAUUUCUUCUCAAAGAACGCAACACCCUCGUUGUAUCCCACAAAAGGUCUCAAGACACCUCUCAGGUCAGAACUGAGAUGGCUAACUACCUCUGAUACCACUUAUAACACCCCGACUGCUCACGGCUAAUGAACCAUCCACGUCCUCUCUCUUGGCUCGUGGCCCCAUCCCGCCUGACGGGCGGUGCGGUAAUUUUUAUAAUGCCUGAAAGUCAUGUUUACAGACUCUGCAAUCACCACAUGACAUUUUCUCGUACUUUGACAAAAUAUUUGAAAUAAUGUUAUUAAAUAUUAAUGGUCUAAACUUAUAAACACAAUAGCAAUAAAAAGAAAUGAAACGAAAUUUUCUUACCAUGGUGAUUGUCACUAAGAUUAAUAUUUUUUAACAGUCAAAAACUCUAAAUAAAACUUGAAUAAGAGUGUACUAAUACAUGAAAGCGCAAAAAUAUUUAGAAACGGUGCCAACUAUGUAAUAUACACAAGUACCACCAACAAAUAAAAGCGAAUAACCCGCAAACAAAAAAAGUACUAGAUGAUAACUUGCGCGCAUACGCGGAGUGAGUUUUUAUAAUAAUGUUUUUUUCUUAAAUAAUUUUAAUAUUUUGCAACACUACAAUCUUAUCGAUUAUAAAAUGACGAAUACAAAUGUUGGUUUCUUAAAUGUAUCAUCAUUGUUAAAGAGUUAUCGUAUUAUAUCUCAUUUUAAUUGUUUUUAAGAUUUCAUAUGGACAAAAGGAAAUUAAUUUUUGCGGGUGACACAAAUCAGCAAAACAAAAUAGGCAACAUCAAUUGAAUAAUGACGAAAGGAGACUAUGUUUUCUGCUCUCAAUUUGUUUACUAUUAACUUUCCAUAAGAGAUUUAUUUUCUACAUUUAUAAAAUUAUUUUUUCGUUCUCGUCUUUGUUGCAUUGAUAUGAGUUUAGUUUUUUUUUUCUAACUUCUUCUAUGAAUUCAGUGAAUUAGAUAAGUGUCAAUUUAAAAAGUUGGACAUCUGUAAAAAUUAGUUCUACUCGAGAUACAUAUCUAAGAAUCAAAUUUUGAAGAAAAUAACUGGCAAACUAUAUUAACAAGUUAGUGUUCAAAUCUAAUAUAUCAAACUAUUAUAGAAUAUAACUGCAAACUCGAAAUAUAUUGAUAUUGACAUAGAUAUAUAGUAUAUUUUAAUAUACAUAUUUAUUAUUGACACUUCCUAUUCAUAUUUUUUUUUUAACAUUUGUAUAUUUGUUGUAACAAAAAUUUAAACUGUUAAUCACAAAACUUUUAAUGUGAGAUGUUUCAAUACAAAUUUUAAAAAUAAAUAUUAAUAUUUCAAUAAUUUUUCACUGGAAAUUUUGAAAUUAACAUAUUUUCAUAUAGUAUAUAAUUUAUUUCAAAUGAUAUUAAUUUACAUAUUACAUAUAUAUAUAUAUAUUUAUAAUAUGAAUAUCUGUUAAUGAGACUUCAUAUUCAUACGAUUUAUUAGGGUUGAGAAUUUUAUCCGAUACCCGAACCCUUAUUUGAAUCCAAUCCGAAAAUCUCAACCGAAAUAGCAAAAUAUCCGAACGAUUAUUGAAUUCGGAGAGAUUGGAUAUCCAAACCCAAACGUGUAAUAUCCAAACCGGAACGGGUAAUAUCUGAACCCGAAUGGAUAUCCGAAGAUAACCAAACAUAAGUAUACUUAACCCUAUAUUUCUAGUUUAUUUCUCUCAUUUUAUUCAAAAUAUUUUUAUUAAUGAUGCACAUUGCUUAAAAUUAGAUAUUAUACAUAUAAUUAUGAAAAAAUCAUUUGCUUCAAAAUUACAAAACAACAACUAAACUAGUGGUUUUCUAUUUUUAAAGUUUUAUCUCCAAACCUAUUAAAGUUUUCCAAACCUAUUAAAAAUUUAAUCUCUUAAAAUUAGAAAAUCCGUUGAGUUAAAAAUAUAUUUUAAAUACAAAACAAAACUAAAACAAUAAAUAAUUUAUUUAAUUUUUCUUCAAAAUUUAGAUAUCCGAACCCGACCCAAAAUAUUCAAACCCAAACAUAAAAUACCCGAACCUCACCCGAAGUGUAGAAAUACCCGAACGGGUUCUAUACCUUUAUAUUGAAAUACCUGAAAAUUCUAAAUACCCGAUACAAACCCGAACGUGUAUCCGAACGCCCAUUCCUACGAUAUAUGAUCAUUUGUCUCUUGCUUGAACCAAAAAGUUAAACCACUGAUCACAAAAUUUUUAAUGUGGGACUUUUACCAUUUUUAGUAAUUUAGAGUCAUUUUUAAAAAUUCAAAAUAUAACAUAUAAGAAAUAAACUAAAUUUUUUAAUUAUAUCUUUAAAGUAAUUGUUUAAUUUCUUUUAAUAAUAUAAAAUUAAACAGAAAGAGAGAGGAUACAAAAAUUGUUAUCAAAUAUGUAUUAUUCAUAACAAUUAAUUGUCAUAUAUAUGUUAACCAAAUUAAGUAAUUCCGUAGAUUUUAUUUAAAGAAAGAAAAAAUGAUUAUUUGAUACUAAAUUAUUUUGAUAGGUAGUUUAAUAAAAGCAUAGUAUAAAUUUAUAUGGACUGACUUAUCUUUCUAAGAAUCAUUCUCGUGAUGACACGUGACUUCGAAAACAUGUUGUAAUGCUCCAGGAUUAAUAUAUAGUGGAUAUAUAUUAAAACUGAUGAAGCUACAGACGUAAACCCAUAGAAACAAUUAUUUUUGUUGUUCAACCCCAUAGAAACAAUUAAAACCCCGUAUAGUGCAAAUGACAAGCUUCAAUUCACAUAAAAUACAACAUCUAAAUAUUCUACUGUUAGUCUUAGUUAGGAGUUAUAGCAACAACCAAUCUCCCAAACUGCAACUGCACAUAUUUAGCUCAAAUUACUUGAUAAGAUAUAUUCUUUCACACAUAAAAAGUAUGCUACACAUAACAAAAAAAAAAUAAAACUCAUAAAAAACGUGAAAAAAAUCACAAACAGAACUAAAAUAUUUAAUGGCAUAUCAUAAAAUCACUAAUAAAAAUAAAAUAUUUGAUCACAUACCAUAAAUGAUUCUCACCUAACAAAUCUAAGCGAGUAGCUCCAAAAAAGAAUUAAAAGCGUUGACUGACCAUGUACAUAAAAAGUAUUCAUUACCAAUAUUGAGAAAUGUAAUAGAAGAUUUUCAUAUGUAGAAAUUAAAAAUAGU